ACCGCGCAUUUUGUUGGUGGUCAUAUGAUAGACGCAGAUCCCUCAAAUUUGGUGUCUUAUUAUUUUUAAAACCCAGCUUAUCAAGCUUUAUGAUUCCCUGGAUUAUCAAGCAUAAUACGGUCGUGUUUGUGUUGAACUACUAAGCCUGAUACCCUUGGUUCCGUGUAAAGCAUAUAAAAUAACUUUUAAUACAUUUACCUGUUAUAAUAUGCGGACGAUUCCACAUAAAUGAACAUUUCUGUUUCAUACGGACAGCGACUGCUUCUGUUCUAACCUUUCAUUCAUAUAUAUGAUUCUACAAUGAGACCUGCUUGUGCAUAUCCUCCUAUUCUUCAAACUAAUAUUACAAAUGGACCAGAUUUGUACAGGGAACGUGAUACAUUUAAUUAUGGUGUUGCCAACGGUCAACCAUUACCUGUACAACCACUGAGCUCUAACCAAGCUAUGUAUCAUGGUUCCGUAUCUGCUCCUGGACUUGGUUGUCCAAACACAACAAUGAGCCCACAGUCCCAAAUGCCAACGCAACAAUCUCACUUUCAAAUGCAACAGUAUUCUCAAAUGCAACAAUCUUAUGGUGAUGCUAUGGGAAACUGUCAAGUAUCUUCAUUUCAACCACAACAACAGUAUCCAACCAUGAUUUUGAAUUCCAACUUAGAUAAGGUAGCUUCUCAACAGUUAUCUACAUCUGAAUCACCACCUAAUUUAAAUUAUAUUAGAAAUCCUAAUAUUAAUGGUGCUUUACCACAUUCUCAGAUCAUGUCCAACACAACAGCUUCUUACGGUCUACCUUCAGCUCCGAAUUGUACCACAGUAGCAUCACAUCAACCAAGAACAUCUCUUAUUUCAAUGGGAACUCAAAAUAUCGUCAACAGAAAUAUUCCUCAGUCACAACAAAUCUCCUGUCGAUCAUCUGCCACUAGGGUUGUUUCAUCUGAAUCAGUUUCUUUCCAACCAUCAUCAAUGUAUCUUCCAUAUUCUUCGGAAUGCCCAGUUACGCAACCAGGAUCUGGAAUAACUGCUCCAUAUUCUGUGGCGAUGUCGACGUGCAACACAAUACCUCAGGUGAUUAACAACACUAUGAUACCAGGCUCAGUCUGUUGUCCUGGGCAGUCGCCCAGGCCACCUGCUGGUAGUCGGAAUCAAGUCUCUUCUAAUGCCCCAACUUCUACACCUUUAAUGCAACAACAACAAAUGUAUAGCUCACAACAGUCACGUUCUUUAAACAAUCCUAGUGUUUACUCAGGCUCAUGUUAUGGAAAUCAACAGUAUACCCAACCAUCACCAGCUUUCCGACCAAGCCCAAGUACUAUGAACUCCCAAACAACAGCAUCUGUAGUAACGCGUUCAACUACUCCUAGAGACGCUCAGGGCAACAAUUGCCUUACUAUGCAUCACACGUUACCGCAACAGCACUCUCAACAGCUCUCAGUUUCUCAAUGUUCAAAUCCUUCACCAAUUGUUGGACCCGGAUCUUUGCAAUCUGGUGUUAGGUCGAUUGGUAGUUGUAGUGUUAAUAGUGGUACUACUUCAAUAUACAAUCAUCCGUGUACUCCUACAGGACAUUCCGUGCCAAGUGCAAUAGGGAGUAACCAAACCGUUGCACCUAAUCCUUCCACUCCUCCAUGUGUGAUGCCAACUGGAAACUCGAGGGUUAUGGGAUCUCAUGUGAAUCCAGGUGUUGGUGAACUCUGCUACUUACCACCACCCCCUAGUCGGCCAAUUUCUUCCGGUGGUCGUGAAGUUGUCAUGACUGCAGUUUCAAUAGGUAGUGGUGGUGGUGGUCCUUUAGUAGCAUCGUCAGGUAAUGAAAUGAUGUUAAAUUCAAAUUUUCACAUUUCAACUGGCUUAAAUCCAUCCACAUCGACAUCUUUCAGUGGAAAUAAUUCUCAGAUCCACGGGCUUCAAAAUGAUUUUGAUGGGUCUGUUCCAAACAGUUCCCCAUUAAUGAUGAUGACUAUGCCAGUUUCUUCACCAAUUCCUGGAAAUUUCAUUAAUGGUCCAAUGCAUGCGAAUGUAAUGAAUAUGUCUAUGGUUAGUUCAACACCAGCUCCUCCACCAUACCAUCAACCUACUUCUAUGAUGCCUUGCCGAUCAAUGGGUCCAUCCUUUUUCAGUCCUACUUCUAUGUCAAUGGCUCCUAUCACAGUGACUUCCGCUGUCUAUUUAAACUCAAUCCCUACUUUUUCAACUGUACCAGAUCCUGGCAGUGUAAAUAAUAGUGAUCGCGGUAUGUAUGGAAUUAUCGGAGAAAAUAUAAUUGGCUCUUCUGUGAACAGUAAGCAAGCAUCUGGAACAAACAAAACUCGACCCAAAAGAGUUCGAGGCAGUAAGACUUCAUCCGGAGUAGGUCGUGGAAGCCGCGUUAAUUCCAAGAAGAAUUUAACGGCCAAUACAAUACCCUCUGUAUCUUCCUCAGAAUCCUUUUCUCCUGGUCAAAGACCAGUUAAUCAACAAUCAAAGAAACUUCAGUCAUGGAAUAAUGGGUCCUCCACAAAUGUAAGUUUCAACUCCACUAUGAUAUCACCAACUCAGUCAAUGGGGAUUCCCAUGGUAAAUUCGGGAUUUAUUGGUAAUUUAGAUCGUCGAGAAUCUCCAGUUACUUUUGCCACACAAUCAAACAAUGGUAGUAUGAGACCGAAUUCAGGUCCUCCCGUCAAUAAUAAUUUAAACAUAUCUACAACUGGGAUAACAUAUAAUGAAUCUUCAAAUAAUUUAGAUACUCAACCUAAUCAUAAUACGCGUUUGCCAGUUUCUCCUCAGCAUUCAUAUUGUUCUAGUCAAAUGCCUAUGCAACAGCAACAAUAUUCAGUGUCUAAUACAUCAAAUAAUUGUACAUCGUAUUCUUCUGGUCAUGGUAACAACGCAUUUUACAAUCAAAUCAAUCAACAUAUUUCUAAUAUAAAUAUGAACACAUCACAGCAAACAUUGACAUCAAACAAUAAUCAAAUAUGUUAUUCGAAUGUUGGACCACCCAAUAAUAAUACUCAACCUCCUCCACCAAAUGUACAUUAUCAAUCACAUACAAUACAACCUAAUUCAAAUGUACAAACUAUUUCAUCUUCCCCUUUGACUUCUAACUGUAAUCGAAUUUCUGCACAAUCGAAUUCUAAUUCUCAGAAUUAUCCUCCGUCUGCCCCUCUACCGCCACCACCUCCCUCCAAUAGUAGUAGUACUACUACUAAUACUGUGGCAGUUGGUACUGCAUCGUAUACUUACACCGAUCGCUUAGUAUGUCCAAUAACUAAUGGUAUGGUUUGGGGUCCUACUCAAAUGCAACUAAAUGACGUCAUGCAUCAAUAUCUUCCUGAAGGAAUAUAUGUACGGCGUUUUGAAUUUGAUCUGACUGCAAACCACCUGAGUACAAUCGUCGGACGUAGUGAUUUAGAUAUAGUCGUCUGUAGUCAUCUUUUAUCAGAACCAUUACAAGUAUGUCAUUGGCCUCCUGAUGCUGUACAGAUUCGUUUCAAUGACUACCUUCUGCGUUUAGAUCGUAGUUCUGUGAACGGUGGACAACCUGCACAUAAAGUAGCUUGUGUCAAACAACUUUGUCGACCUGGUCGUAAUCAACUGGAGAUAGCUAUAUUAGGUCUUGGCGAAGACCCUAAUCAACCAUCUACCAUGGCUAAACGUCGAGCUACUGCUCAAACACUUGAAGCUCAUCGAUUCGCAGCAUUUAUGGCACAUAUGCCGGCUCUUAACGUUCUGCUUGAUGGACUUCAACGACGCCGUCCUGCUGGUGUAAAUACUCUCUGCGACAUUCUUGAAGGUCGCAUCGGUACACGGAACUUGAAUGAAGAUGGUAGUACAACUCGGAAUAUAACAUCUGGAGCUUCUCAAACACCUGUUAUUGCUGAAUUAAAUUUAGUAUGUCCGGUAUUUCGUACGAGAAUGCGUAUACCUGGUCGUAUUGCAGGCUGUCAACAUAUAGAGGCAUUUGAUAUGGAAGCUUUUCUACGGAGAGAGGUUCUUUGGCCCAGGCUGAAUUGUCCAAUUUGUGGACACAAAAGCCCUGCUGGUCUGGAUGGAUUAUGCAUUGAUACUACCAUAUUGUAUGCUUCGCAAUUAGUACCUCAGUCAGCUGAAAGUAUUCUUGUACGCUCAGAUGGCUAUUGGCGACUGGUACCCCCAUUAUGUUUAGAUCUACCUAUUGAAAUUGAUCAAUGGCAACCUUUAAUUGGCCCACUGACAGAACUAGUAUCUCAGGCAUUUAAUCAGAUCUCUUCAAAAGGUUCACUUCGUGGACAAAAUCCCGGCAGUGUUGGAGUACGACAAAUUACUACUCAUUGUCAUACAAAUGUCUCUCAAACGAUACCUGAUUGGAAUCAAUCACCUUUACAAAGAAUUUCACCUCAGCAUCAACAACCACCACCCAAAGUUGCGUCAACAUCGCGUAAGUCACAACAACUGCAUCCGACGAGUCAAACAACGAAAGUUGUCACAUCUCAACAAGACAUAGUGAAUUCUCCCCAAUGGGUUUCUGAUUCUUGUUCUCCUAGUAAUCAAACUAAUUCGGAAAAUAUUUGUUCAAAUACUAGUUGUGGACCUACUGGUGAACUAGUUGAUUCUGCUUACUCAUCAGCGGCUUCACGACCUUCAUCACAACCUGUCUCAUGGAUUGGAACACAAUCCUCUCCGGAUAAGAUUAGCACUUCCAUUUCACUGCCAUCUUCACCAUCAAUUUCUACUCGUCCUGUUAGUUGUUUUUCAAUGGCCGCUAUACCAGGUGUGAAUAUGUGUGUUGUUGAUAGCAUGUCAUCUACAUCAUCUAGUUUGUCGACUGCAUCUACAUAUACAACAAUGAUGACGAAAUCAUUUCUUUCUACAUCUGUAAGCUCGAAUAUAACUAAAGGAGUGAUUGCUGAACAAUGCAUAGACAUCGGGAGUGAUAAUAACUCUUACCACACUCCCAUGACAACAACAAGUACAGCAGUAGUAACCACUUCUUCAAAUGGCUUUCCAACUGAUGAAAUGUCAUCUAAAGGUGGUGUUAGUACGAGUGAGUAUUCUAGUCCAUCAACUAUUAACUUGGAAUCAUCAUCCAGUGGCUUAACAUCAUCAACCAGAAGAUGCCCAACAUCUUCACUGAAUAUGGGGUUAGAUUUUUUGUUGACUGAAGAUCAAACAAUUACGUCAACUGCUAUAUGUUCUGGUCAAAGAAGUCCACAAAUGUCUUCGGCAGUUGUUUCUGAUGCUGUUCGUUCUCUUCUUACAUCAACAUCCGAUACCAUUGGUAGUAGUAUAUCACCAACUAUUUCUGCAUCAACUGCAAACUCAGAUGAUUUUCCUGUUAAUAAAAUGAAAUGCACUUACAACUCGUGUAGUGAACAGUCUACCUCACCUAAAAGUGAGAAUAUAUCUUCUAACCGUGAACAACCAAGUGAUUGUGGAGAUACAUUAAUUGUUAGUUCGUUUUUAAAUAAAGAAGAAAAAUAUAAACUUAGUAAUCAACUAACAAGUUGUACACCUAAAGUAGAAAAUGACGUGAAAAUUAGCUUAAAUGAAAUUAAUGAUGAAGAAACAUCACUAAUACUUAAUGAAGUGGCUAUGCCAACUAAACGAAUAAAAUUAGAUUCACCACAAAUUAGUCCACAAAUAUCUCUUCAUACAUGUGUUGCUGAACAAAUUUCAAAUCUUCCAGAUAAACGGGAUGAUGAUAUUUCUUCAGCUAAACAAUCCACUGCGAGUUCAGUAACAACUACUACACUGAAUGAUGAGUUAUACAAAGUUAAAAAAGUUAUCUCAGGACAUUCAAAUGAAAUUGAAAAUGGUAGUUAUACUGGAUAUGUUGGUUUGAUUAAUAAUGAUUUUGAUGAAGAAAAAGUUUCUAUAGAAUUGAUACAUUCUGUAUCUUCUAAAAUUGAUCAGCUAGACUUGUUUCUAGAUGAAUCAUAUAUACGUUUUGUAGAACAUUUUCCUUGUGUUUGAACAACAAUAAUAAUGACAACAACAGAACUUCAACUACAUAAGUCAUCGAUUAUUUUCUUAUUGGAUUUGGUUCUUGUUCAAUUAUCUUCGAAAAGAAAUCUGUUUGUUUAACUGAAACUUUUACAUGCAACCAUUCCUAUGUUAAUAUGUAUAUAUAAAUAUAUUUACUUAAUUUAUUGUAUAGUAUGAAUUAGGUUAUUUCUAAUUUAUUCAAAUGAUAUAUAAUGCUCAACACAAAGAUUCUUUAUCUUAAACUUUCUUCUGAUCUUUUACUCCUUUUCAUUAUAUUUAGAAAAAAGAAUUCAUUUUCGUAUUUGUUUUUAGGAUUAAUAAAAGGUACUAAUCAUUUCAUAAGUGUUUUAAAUGAAUAACAUGCAUUUUUAACUUUUGUCAUAUUUAUACACUUCAUUGUUUUAAAUUGGUCAUCUUAUGUUUUUUCUUUUUAUCAUAAAAUGGUGCAGUUUGAAAUUUCUUAAUAAAAUGUAGAAUGUACUUUAAA